AUGUGGUUUGGUCUGCAGACAACUGAAAAUUUAAAGUUUUAUGCCAUCUCAUCACGAUUUAAACCAUUCAGCAAUAAGGGAAAAACAUUGGUAAUUCAGUAUACAGUAAAGCAUGAACAGAAAAUUGACUGUGGAGGUGGUUAUGUGAAAUUAUUUCCCUCCAAUCUGAACCAAAAGAAUAUGAAUGGGGAAUCUCUUUACUACAUCAUGUUUGGGCCUGAUAUAUGUGGUUCUGAUACAAAAAAAGUCCACAUCAUUUUAAACUACAAGAACAAAGUUUAUCCUGUUAAGAAACAAAUUCGCUGCAAAGUGGAUGGAUUCACACACUUAUAUACAUUGGUUUUAAAAUCGGACCACACAUAUAAAGUGAAAAUUGAUAAUAAAGUGGUGAUAUCAGGCAUUUUAGAAGAUGACUGGGACUUCUUGCCACCGAGGAGAAUAAAUGAUCCAGCAGUGAAGAAACCAGAGAAUUGGGAUGAUGAAGCUGAAAUUGAUGAUCCAGAGGACACUAAGCCAGAGGUGAUGCUCUAG